CGGCGUCGUUCGCUUGUUGUCACCGACGCCGUUGAUGCCCGGCCUCGCGAGAGAGGGACUCCGGCGUCGAUCUCUCCCUACCAUUAUCCACGUCGCGAGAGCAACGCCCAGCGAAUUAUUCGCAUGUGUUCGAGUGUCCCUGCGCGAAAUCUCGAUUGAGAGACGAAGUUUUCUCGCGAGAGUCUCUCUUUAAAGCUUCCGCGGACGCUCGCCUUUGUCCCGCCUCCCAACUUGUGCCUGUUACAUGAUUUAAUUGGACCGGACAUUUAAAUCGAGUCAGCAGUGUCAAAAUGGCUUGGCGUUUCAAAGCGUCCAAAUACAAAAAUGCAGCACCGAUCGUUCCCAAGCCGGAGGCUUGUAUUCGGGAUCUCUCUGUGGGAUCAUAUCAAACCUAUGGGAAUAACAUAACAGCAUCUGCGGCGUUCAUGGCAUUCAAUGUUGAUCAUAAUGGAUCCAGUUUAGCGGUAUUGCCGCUAGAAGAUUGUGGCAGGAAGAGCAAGACUAUGCCACUGCUUCACGCGCACGCAGAUACUGUGACGGAUAUGGAUUUUUCACCAUUUCACGAUGGCUUACUUGCGACCGGGUCUCAAGAUUGUCUCGUAAAGUUAUGGCAUAUCCCAGAAAGUGGCUUGGAAGAAUCAUUGUGCAACCCAGAAUGCACAUUUUCGCAUCGCCAACGUAGAGUGGAAACAGUAUGCUGGCAUCCUUCUGCCGAACAUCUUCUGACCACUGCAUCGUUCACCAAUCUCUCGCUUUGGGAUGUUCUCUCACAACAGGAAUUAUUUUCUAAUAGCGAUCAUACCGAAGUAAUUCAAUGUGUAAGUUGGAAAGAGGACGGUACCGUUUUAGCGACAGCUUGCAAAGACAAACAACUGAGGAUUAUAGAUCCACGCGCCUCGACGUGUAUCGUCAAUUCAUGCUCGAGCCACCAAAGUAUUAAAGAUUCCAGAAUAGUCUGGCUAAACGGCGAUAGAUUACUCACAACAGGAUUUGAUGCAGCAAGACUUCGUCAAGUUUACAUUAGGGACUUGAGGCACUUAAGUGAGCCAGUGAAAACGUUGGAAUUAGAUUGUAGUACUGGUAUUUUGAUGCCGCUCUUCGAUUCCGAUACAAAUAUGCUAUUUCUCGCUGGCAAAGGAGACACCACUAUCAUGUAUAUGGAAGUUACGGAUAGAGAUCCUUAUCUGGUAGAAGGGAUUCGUCACAGCGGCGAUCAAACUAAAGGAGUAUGCCUGGUUCCUAAACGUGCAUUGAAUGUAAUGCAGGCUGAAGUUAACAGGUUGUUACAGCUCACCUCCAACAUGGUGAUUCCUAUUAUGUAUCAAGUUCCACGAAAAACAUACAGAGACUUUCAUGCGGACAUUUAUCCAGAUACAACUGGUUCCGUUGCUCAAAAUAAUGCAACAGCAUGGUUUAAGGGCCAUAAUGUACCUGUACCAAAGAUAUCGCUAGAUCCUGCCAAAAGAAACAAAGGCGAAGAGCUGAUAACUGUACACAAAGGAAACUUAGCGGUGCUCAAAGAUAAUCAGCGCGAAAUUAAAGUAGAACAAACGAACCGGCCGCCGAAGCCCUUGAUCAUUACCGCACCAAAAGGAUUUUCGAAAGCGCAAAGCAACGUAAAUGAAAAUGACAACAAUUUGGAAAAUGAUACCGAGAAGAUUGAAGAAUUGAAAAAGCCGUCCGAGGCAGAAGAAGAAAAGACCAAGAUACAAAACGGGGGACAAACCGUUCCACCGAAACCUUUACCGAGAGCAUCAAGAACCAACAGUAUCUCCGAGGAGGAACCAAAACCAGUGGCACGUCCUCGUACAUCGCCAAAUCCUGGAUCAGUAGUUACAUCAGUGAAUCCUAACGCAAUCGGCGGAUAUAAGCCUCGACUUGGUCCUAAACCGUUCCAAGCAAAGUCCAGCAGUCAGGAAUUUUCAUUUGACAAGGUCUUUUCUGUACCACUUGCACCGAAUAAUGACAGCAACACUAAUGGUUAUCAGAAUGAAAUUAACAAUACUGCAGAGCAUAAUACAGAAGUGGAUAAGUCACCGACCUUAACACCUAAUGAGCGAACAAAGGAUGCGGAAAAUGGCAAGAGUGACUCAAGCUCCAUUGAGGAAGAUGCUAAUUCGAGUGACUCUGGUUACAAGCCAAAAACACCAAGUACUGCGGAAAGACGCAAAGUGUUUGAGACAAAAGUGAAAGACGAAUCGCCCGAGAACGAGGAUUUUGCUAAUUUCGAACGUGGUACAAACAGAAACUCAAUCGCUGAAAGGCGGCGCCUUUAUGAGAGUCGAUCUGUGUCUGUUACUGAUGGAAAUUUGGCAGAGAAGGCGAUGGGUUCGCCGACCAUGCUGAGACGAAGAGAUUCCUUCAAAGCGAAGAGCGAGGUGAUUAAGGAAGACGAAACGAAGAAGAAUAUUCCUAUGCUACGGCAGCAGAGCAUGGAUCCCAAAUUGGAAAAGGUAGAACCUGUUGUGACGCCAGCCUCAAAAAGAACAUCAACAGUUUUCGGAAAAGUAUCCAAAUUUCGACACUUGAAAGGUACUCCAGGACACAAAUCUACCCACAUUGAGAAUAUACGCAAUAUCAGUCGCCAAAUAUCUGGCGAAUGUGAUGGCUUUCAUGCUAAUCCCGAUCGAGUGGCUGUACCUUUGAGUGGCCUAGGUGGAAAGAUUGCAGUAUUAGAAUUGAAGAAAACUGGAAGGCUGCCUGAUGGAGUUAUGCCAGCAUUAGUCCAUGGCGCGACUGUAAUGGACUUUCAGUGGGAUCCAUUUGAUAAUCAACGACUAGCAGUUGCUUGCGACGACGGAAUAAUUCGUUUAUGGAAAAUACCUGAGUCUGGUUUGACGGAACCGACGAACGAACCAAAACACAUCAUAGAAGCCCAUACCGAUAAGAUUUAUCUGAUUAAAUUUCAUCCACUUGCAUCAAAUGUUCUUACAUCCGCUUCGUACGAUAUGACUGUCAAAAUCUGGGAUUUGUCGCUCUUAUCUUCUACCGAGAAUGCAGUGGCGAAGAUCACUUUAAUUGGUCAUACUGAUCAGAUAUUUAGCUUAGCAUGGUCUCCGUGCGGUCAGUAUCUCGCCAGCUCAUGCAAGGACGGUAAACUACGAAUCUAUAAACCUCGAUCGAGCGACGUUCCUGUGAAAGAAGGAAAGGGACCGGUCGGAACGAGAGGCGCGAGAGUUGUGUGGGCACUCGAAGGCAGAUAUCUCGUUGUAAUGGGCUUUGAUAAAGUUUCUGAAAGACAAAUUUACGUAUUUAAAAUGGAUAAUUUGAACACUCCUUUGAAUACUGUCGGAUUGGACGUUUCGCCUGCUAUAUUAAUGCCAUAUUAUGACGAAGAUAGUUCCACGCUUUUCCUAACCGGACGUGGUGAUUCUACAAUAUAUGCAUUUGAAGUAACCGAGGAAGCUCCAUAUUGCUGCCCAUUGAGUCAUCACAGAUGCAGUAGUUUACACCAGGGCUUAUCAUUCCUUCCAAAAAAUAAGUGCGAUGUGGCCAGCGUGGAAUUUGCUUCCGCUUUAAGGCUAACAAAUAACACAAUAGAACCUUUAAGCUUCACUGUGCCGCGUAUAAAGACUGAAUUAUUCCAAGACGAUCUCUUUCCUCCAACUAAAGUUAUCUGGAAACCGACUUUAUCAGCGUCAGAGUGGUUUAGUGGUGGCAAUAAACAACCAUCUAGAAUGAGCCUUAAACCGCCUGGUAUGGAUAAUUUAACUGAGAAUCAAUCCCAAAGUGUAGUUACACCUCCUCAAAUUGCAACCAAACCAUCACCGACCCCUUUUGGUAUUACUACACAACCUUUCAAUAGAUUAGGAUGGAAUCCAGACAUUAAAGCAAAACAAGAAGAGAUCCAGAAAACUAUGAGCCAUUUUGUGGGAGAUGUCAUCCAGUGUUCAUUAGAACAAGAUCAUAUGGAAGGUGUCGAGGAACAUGAAUGGGACGAGUGAAAAUUGAAGACUUGUGGAUAGAUGCAAACUGAUAAGGUAAAAAUCUAAACGUAGUUGUUUGAGCCGCGUAAAUUAUUCAUAAGUUAGAAUUAUAUAUCGCGCGAAUGGCAAGAAUAUCGCAGUGUUACUGUGUAUAGAGUGAGAGACAGUUGUAUCUGAGAUAUAUACUUCCAACGAUUUUCUUUUGCGGAGGAAGUAAAAGAUAAGUACAGUGUUUUAUAUCAAUUUACAACAAGUAAUACUCAUUUUUUCAUAAAUCUAGCUUAAGAUUUUGUAAACGCAUUUUUCAAUGCAUAGAAGUAAGAAUUCAGGCCUUGUUGAAUCACAUUAAUUUAAAGUGAAAAGAUAAACGAAGUAAAUGACACAAGAGAUUUUUUAAUCUGGCGUGAUCAAUGCAAUAUUUGAUAGCGCAGUGUCGAUAUGAUAACACUGUCCUUAUAAAACCAAAAUGCGUGAUUAUAGCUCUAGUCCCAAAUCAUUUUUCCUUAAUCGCUAAUUUGUCUCACUUAUAUAUUUCUAGCUACAAAUAAUUCUAUAGCAGUCUAUAAUAUAUUCACGGUAGAGAUUAUAUUAGAUGUAGGAUAUGCUUAAUUAUUCUCAAGAGAUUUGAGAAAUUUAUAAUACAAUUUGACAAUAGUUUCAUUCAUCUAUUUAAUGAAUAUGGGUUUGGAAUUUCAGUGGAUGAGUAAUUCUAAGAACAAAUAUGCUAGUAUAUUCAUUACGCUUUUCAGUAUCGAGUGUGAAUGAUAUCAAUUGUGUCAGAGACAAUUAUUGACGAGUAUUUAAUUAUUCGCUAUAUAUUGAGCAUUAGAAUGACCAAUUUCCCAUGUAAACGAGAAAAAAAAUCGCAACAUGUGCCAUUUGUGAAGCGACAGACAUGACAUCCACUUUGUCGUUAAUAAGAAAGAGAAAAACAGUAUUACAUCCAAUAUUAUUAGGUCUUUAAAGUAAUUUAUUUCGCGAUGAAGUUAACAUUCCUUAUUAACUUAUUUAACUGCCACACAGUGCCAGAUUUAUCUUCAUUUCGGCAAUGCCAGGUGUCAAUAAUGGUCUCAAUGUAUAUGUCAUAAUAAUAAUAUAAUCUGUCAUCGUAUAUGUGUGAUAAUAGAGCAAAUGAUAGUUUCGUCGCAGAAUUAUGGAGCAGAGGUUUUUUACGAUAUUUCCUUGUACGCACAUGCAAAAAAAAAACAUACAAAAUAACUAAUAAAUACAACGCGUAAAUAAGUAGUCGUAAGACAGUAUUUUAAUUAGUAUGGCGAAAUAUACUUCAAUUUAUGUCUCGAUUGAUGAGCAUUAAACACUCUGCAAGAUUCAAACAAUAUUAAAUAGUAAAGAAUGACUGAUCUUUUUUACAAUAAUCCUUAUCAAAAUAUUGACUAUAACAAUUGGCGAUUUAUUAAGCGAUAAUGUUUCCGAUACGAAUAUUCAGAACAGAAUAUUUCAUCUCGUUUUUAUACGUGUUUUUACAAGCUAGUCAUAAAAAAAUGGUGGUACUAUGUGCCUCCAAAAACAAAUUUUGUAAUUGGUGGUAAAACGCCAAAUUUUCUUUAUGAAAAACUUAGUAAUGAUAAUUAUAUGUAUAUAUAACUUCUUUGUUAUUUUUCAUAUCUUGGCACACGAAUACAUUUGAACAUAGUGCCAAAAAUCUAUUAUGAACAGUUUUUUGUAUCUUGCACUUUUUAGACCUGUAAGGUGUUCCAAAACAUUCGAAAGUAUUAAGAAAUUUUCUAUGUGUCAAAGAAAAUACCUAACACGAAAUUCGAUUUGUCGCUGCCAUUUAUAUCUUAUUCGUAUUACUGACUUUAUACUGUACUACGAAAAGAAAUACGUUAGUGUUGCAUAUCUUAAUAUAAAUCUUUAUUUGUUUAUUCGUAUGUUACACAUCACGCACAAUUACAAUCCAGAUUUGUAACCAUUUUGUAGUUUUCAAACAAGCUCUAUUCGUUUAUGACCAGAUUUAUGAAUACUAAAAGCGCGAUUUUUUACAGCACGAGAUUUGAGAUGUAGGUGCAAAAAAAAAAUAUACGAGACUGAAUGUUUCAUGCCACUCGAUCUCGUGCCUUGUAAAUCAGUGCUAUCUAAAUAAUUUUAUCAUAUAGUGAUGUAUCUUUAUAUCUCAAUCUUAUAACGUUCAUGUAACUCAGCUAUAAAAUCUUUUUAUUAAAAAUUUUAAUCAUA